AUGCCUCGCAUCUGGCCAGCUGUUGCUUUGCUCGCUGCAACUGCGGUGAGCAACGCAAUGUUACGAAGUGCCAGGUUAUUCUUGGCCGAACAAGCGCUAUGCCGCAGAUACUACGCCAUCCACAAUCCUGCAAUCGUCGCUCCCGAUGGACGAGUCGACGAGCAGCAAUGCAAGCUCAACGUCAUUCAGGCUGAACUAUCAAUGGUCAUCGGCGUGUUUGAAGCUCUUACGCUACUUGGUGGCAUUCUUGGCACGCCAUUGACAAUGCGUCUGGCCCCAUCUAUAGGUCUACGCAAGACCAUUGCCAUCAACGUGUUCAUGAUGUGUUGUACUGCGUUCUACUCUACUAUCGUUACCUUACUACCUGAGGUCUUCAAUGUUCGCAUGAUCUGGCUGACCGGCUUCUUUGAGCUAGUCAGCGGAGGUGCACCCGCUCGCAAUGCUUUGAUGUACAUACAUCUGGCCGAGAGAGUGUCGCCUGACGCUCUUAGCGGGAAUCUCUAUCGACUGAGCACACUUCUCAUGGUCAUGAGCUUCAUCGGCACUUCCCUCGGAGCAAUCCUACUCGCAACGGAUCAGUGGCUACUUUGCUUCCUUGGCGUGAGCUUUUGCGUCCUCGGCUUCCUGUUCGUCCCGUUGCUACAGGAACGCUCUUGGAAGGCCGCUCUACCGCCUUCGACUCUUGUUGCAUCUCCCUAUAUGCCUCUUAUGCAAUGUGCAGGCGCAGGAUCGACCGCAUCCGACACUGUGAAAAGUGAACCACCUCGGACCUGGAUGCGGUCCCUAAAGAUGGUACUGAGGACGACCAGAGCUGAGGGGUAUCAAUCAUCACAGAUAUUGGUGGACCUGCUUCAAGACCGAGUAACAUUAUUGAGCUUACUCAUCUACUUUUGUUACGAAACAGCAAUCUACAUCAGAGCCGUACUCCCGCAAUGGGCUUCCAAAAGCUUCGCAUGGACGCUUGCCGAGGUGAAUGCCGUCACUGCGCUCCAGAUCUUGAUCAAUGGCGGCGUGUUACUCUCACUGCCAUACCUGAGUAAGCUGUUUCUGCUGCCACGCUUGUCAUCGCAGCGAAUGGUAGAUCACUGGACGAUACAGACGAGUCUGAUAUGCAAUAUCAUUGGUCUCAUUAUGGUCAGCAUCGCUCCAACUCGACGGUUAUAUAUUGUAGCUUUGGGGGUCUACAACCUUGGGGCAGCGUUGUCUGACUCACUGCGAUCUUUCGUGACUGCUUCUCUGAGAGACGAGAAACAGGUCAAAAAGAUGUAUACGGCCAUCAGCAUGGUGGAAGCCAUGGCCGGUCUUGCCGGAACCACUCUCUGGAGCACAACAUUUGCUGCAGGCAUGCAAUAUGGAGGGAUUCCACUAGCCAGAGCGUGCCUCUUCGCUGCAGCGAGUCUUUUUGUACUUUCGCUGCUCAUGACUACUACACUAAACACAAUUACUUCGGAAAAGUCACGAAGAAGUAUCGGCGGUAGUGAAGUCUGA